AUGUUGAGUGGAACAAAUGGCCCCAGCCUUGCCCGGCGUGACGCAUUCAGCGGGGGGAGAACACCGGUGACACCUCCCCUCAGACCUCCCCAUUUGUCGCACAACAUCCGAUUUUUGUGGAAGAGGAACUCGGCAACACGAAAGAUUGUCGGCUUCCCACGUGCUCGCUCGACGUGGGCUAUCGGUGACAAACAAAUGCUGCCGAUAGCGCUCUGCCUCGCGUUCAGCGCUGCGCAAUUCGCCGUCUGCGCCCCUGUCCCCAGGGAUUCGAUGGACAGCAGAGAUAGAAUCUCGGAUAGGGAACAUGAUGCGACACCCUCUAGUGCCUGGCUGGUCGACAACGACCACCAGGGCGGCGCCCCAGCACCAAACGGAGAGAACCCCCAAAUGCUGCCUCGGCCGAAGACCCAUCAACUCAGCCUUCUCCGUCCGCUUGCUAGGCACAGGAUGCCCAAUGGAGAGACACAUAGAGAUCCAGAGAACGAUGUCAUGCGUUUGCCCCACCAUGUCCAUGACGAGCAUGAGCAUGGCCAUGAUCAUUUCGGACCCCCAGAUCUGAAUAGUGUUGGUCCGCCUCAACCUGGCAUGCCGUGCUACCAAGGCCAGGCUUCCCACGACCGCAAUGAUAUGCUCAUCGUCUACCUGGCCGCCGCCUUCAUGGUAGUGGUUGUCGUUAUGGAAGCGUGGGGGGGUGCCUUUAGGAGGCAAGCGCUCGCUUCCCACCGGCAGUGGAGCAUCAGAUGCCAAGAUCACUUGAAGAUGAGACGAACGGGUUCCCACUGGGCCCUCAAAUACGAGCUCGCCGAUGGAAGCUCUCGGACCUUUUCCGGGACAAGCCUGCGACUCGAUGAUGUGGCCCAUUGGGGUUCUGCUUACACAGUAUUUCUUUUGACAGCCCUGUAG